GUGCUGUGAAACUGCUUAGUAGCUUUCUACCUCGUCUUAACCGUUAGGUUAUUGUAAAAGUUUUUGUAGCUGACUUUUAAAUUAUCUUUUUAUAUUUAUUGAAGUUCAUACAACCGUUAUCUGUACUUGUCACAUCGCGAGACGUUAUUAUUCGUCUCAUUUUCAGGACGUUUUAGUCGCUAAAUCUGCCUCCGAAGCUUGCUAACGUUAGCUCAGCGGCUAGCCACCAUUCACUCUUCAGAGAAAGAAUCGAUUAUACAUAGUGAUCACAAUCAUGGAUCAAACAGGAGUCACGGCGCAAACACCAAAGAGCCCGUGGGGUUCGUUGGCCCCGGCAGCUCCGGCCUGCUCUCUUGCCGAUGUGAUGAGUGAGCAGCUGGCUAAACAGCUGGAUGAGGAGAACAACGCCUUCCCUACACUCACCGAUCCCGGAGCAGAUCUCUUGUUGCCAGAUGAAGGUCCUGAUACGACCAGUGAUCUGAUGCUUGCUCAGAUGCUGCAGAUGCAGUUUGACCGCGAGUUUGAUAACCAGCUCCGCCGUGAGGAGAAGAAGUUCAACGGAGACAGCAAAGUGUCCAUCUCCUUUGAGAACUACCGCAUGGUCCAUCCUUAUGAAGACAGCGACAGCUCAGAGGACGAGGUGGACUGGCAGGACACAAGAGAUGACCCCUACAAAGCUGACAAGCCCCAGAUCACGCCCAGGAAAGGCUUCACCGGGAAAGGCAAAAACAUCACCACCAAACACGAUGAAGUGACCUGCGGCCGCAAGAACACAGCACGCAUGGACAACUUUGCACCAGAGGUCCAUGUGGGAGAUGGUUUGGGGAUGGACCUGAAGUUGUCCAAUCAGGUGUUUAACUCUCUGAAGCAGCACUGCUACAGCGAGCAGAGACGUAGCGCCAGGCUGCACGAGAAGAAGGAGCACUCCACCGCCGAACAAGCAGUUGACCCUCGUACUCGUCUGCUGAUGUAUAAGAUGGUGAACGCCGGCGUGCUGGAAAACAUCAACGGCUGCAUCAGCACCGGGAAAGAGUCAGUUGUUUUCCACGCUGACGGAGGGAGGAUGGAGGAGGGGGAGCAGCCGGUCCCAGACGAGGUGGUGUUGAAGGUGUUUAAGACGACGCUCAAUGAGUUCAAAAACAGAGACCGCUACAUCAAAGACGACUAUCGCUUCAAAGAUCGCUUCAGCAAGCUGAACCCACGAAAGGUCAUUAGGCUGUGGGCCGAGAAGGAGAUGCACAACCUGACCAGGAUGAAGAAAGCAGAGAUUCCCUGUCCGGAGGUGGUGCUGUUGAAGAAACACAUCCUGGUGAUGUCAUUCAUCGGUAAAGACCACGUUCCUGCUCCCAAACUCAAAGACAUCAUGUUGAGCUCAGAGGACAUGAAGAACGCCUACUACCAGGUCCUACAUGUGAUGCAGCAGCUGUAUCAGGAGUGUAAUCUGGUUCAUGCUGAUCUCAGUGAAUACAACAUGCUGUGGCACGAAGGGAAGGUGUGGUUGAUAGAUGUCAGUCAGUCCAUCGAGCCCACUCAUCCUCACGGCCUGGAGUUCCUCUUCAGAGACUGCAGGAACGUUUCCACGUUCUUCCAGAAGAGAGGCGUGAGCGAGGCGAUGAGUGUGUACGACCUUUUCAACGCUGUGAGCGGACUGAACAUCCCAGUUGGUACAGAAGACGAAGCUGAGUUUAUGGCUGAGAUUGUGGCGUUGGAGAAGAGGAACGAGGAUCACGUGCAGAGGCGAGGGAAGAAAACGUUCCCUGUGGCCUCCGAGGACGGCGGUCCUCCUUUAAAACCCGACGCUGAUGACUAACGCUCACCUGGCUCGCUCUCUCUUCACGAUCUCGCCGUGUUGAAAAUGCUGUAAGGAGAAGAUGAACGGAGGAGGACCCGGAGCCUCCCCCCUUCCAACCCUCCUCACCACCCACUGACCCACCGACUGCUUGCUUUAUACAGGCAGGACGGAGCGCCUCCUCCUGGCUGCAGGAGGUUCAUCAUGUUAGACGUUGAAGUCGGAGCGUCCUGGCUGUCUGAGCACUAAAGAGGCUCCAACAUGAUUUUCUGAAGAUGUUACCAGCUCUCAUAUCUUCCUGGUUGUAUUGGCUGAUACAUAUAUUGAUUCCAGGAUGUGUUUUUCUAGUAAAAAAAAUACUUGUUAAUACAGGUAAAAGAUAAAAAAAAAAAGGACCUUUUGUUUCCUGCUAGAACCACUAGUGGGGCCAUCAUUACAAACACAAGUGAUGCAGCUGAGCUUUGUUCAUGCUCUAAUUUAUUUUGAAUUCUAGCAGAGAAGUUUCCAGAGAUACCAUAAACGUAUGUCGGGCUGAAUUUUAGGGGGGAAUGUGGAUUAAAUGGUGCAAGAAACAACAAGUUUUCCAAUUUUGUAUGUGAUGUUGCUGAGACAGAAUGCACACAGUGUGUUUCAUUGUCUGUGUAUUUCUGCAGCUUCAGCGAGGCAUUGAAACAAGUAGAAAGAGAAUAUAUAAAGUAUGUGAUAAUGUGAGCUUCAGAGCUGCAAUCUAUUAUUUCCAUCAUGGAUUAACCUGCAAAUUAUUUUCUGAAUUCAUCUGUUACUCAAUUGGUCUAUAAAACAUCUGAAAACAGUGAAAAUCACAUCACAUGUCACAUGAGAUUAAUAGAAGCAGCAAAUCCUCACAAAUUACUGGCUGGAACUGGGGAAACAUUUUUGCUUUAAAAAAAAAGUCUGAAAUAAUUUUUUAAUUUUGAUUAUCAAAACAGUGGCUGCUCAUUUUUGUGUUGAUUGAUCAAUCUAUUAUUUGUUGCAGUUCUAGAGAUAUGUGAAAAUAACUGAAGCAUCAUAAGGAGAAACAUAGGAGAUUGCAGGAUUAAAGGGGUUCAAAUAAACUAGCAUGAGAUUUUUUUGACAGUUUUUUUUAGCAACAUAAUAAAAAAUAUCUCAAAAUACCUAAUUGCAAAAAUUGGUUAAAUAUCAGCAGAUGUGGCUUUCUAAGGCUGAUAUUUUCCAAAACUGAUGCAUGCUCAUUUCCUGUAUUUCUUGGCUUUUUUUAAGUUCUUUAUUUCUCUCUUUUCUGCUCACUUUCUGUCUUCAUUUGCUGUGUGCUCUAAGACUCUUAAGAGUACAUGAAAAUGACCUACCACCUAAUAGGAAACGAUGCAUAUAUGUUUUUAUAUUUCAGAUUUACGCACGUUACACAAUGAGCCUCAUUUUUUUCACCAUCGUGGCUAAAAUUAGGAAACAAACGCCUGAAAACAAAGGAAACUUCAGUUUAAUUCUGUAUUUUUGUCACUUUAUACUCCGAUCUGUUGCAGUUUAAGGGUCAAAUAUAGAGGGUGGAAGGCUUCAAAGGUCACAGCAGUUUGGUGUGGUGUGUUAAGUGUUUUGUUAACACUUGAAACUGACAUGUAAAAAGACAAAAAAAAUGAAAGUGAACUAAAGUCAUCCUCACAUCAUUAACAGUUUUUGAUGUUUGCCCUCAGAUUGUAACACAACUCUGGUGUGGGAAAGUUUGAACAUGUGGAAGAUUAUUGUGUUUUUAUUUUAAUGAAUAUAAAAAUGAACAUCAGGACCGAAUGUGUCAGGUUCCUCUUAGUGUGGCUUCAGAGACUUAUCAUCAUAAAAAAAUGCAUCAUUGUGGUGACAUUAAAGAGUGAAGAUGAAAAACU